AUGUACAUUCCAACAUGGGCGACCCGCGUCCUUGCCCUCCUCGACAACGUCUCCCCUCCCUCAUCGGACCUGGCACCAAAGCGGACCUGGCACCUCCUAGGCGAGGAUGGGGACGGCAAGACGUGUUACCUCUCAGUCGAUAAGGUAGAGGUGGGCGCGCUGGCCAAGCUGGAGGUCGUCGAGGGCGAUGCACCGCCAGGCGACCAGGGCGUGUGGGCCGUUCAGCCCGUCAGUGGUGCCUGGCUGUGGAAGCUCUUCGUGCCCGACACCAACCUCUGUCUACGCACGCACCUCGCAACCGAGAAGGGGCGGAUACGUUCGGUCGAGCUUGCCGAGUGUGAUCGUAAACUUCCUGGUGCGGCGGAUACGUGGCAGCUCGACUGGCUCGACCACAAGCGCACGCAUGCGAGCUUUAUCUUGCUUGACGAUACGCGGUUCCGCCUCAGCUUCAAGGACCACACUAUUGGAGCGGUGAGGCACGUGAAGGGAUGGGAGCAGGACUUUGAGGUGCGCAAGGCGGUGUGGCCGCAUCUCGACUAG